AUAGUUUCACUACACAUUUCCUUUGUCCGAUAACGAAUGACAAAAUUAAUCCUUACUUCAAUAUUAUCAUCUAUUUUAACGGUAAUUAGCCAGAAGUCUUAGACUUAAUAUCCAUACUUGCUCCAACGAUUCCAAGAGGCCGUUACCAGACGUUUAAAAAAAAUCGCGGAGGAAUAUAUAAAUAGUAAAGUGGAUUCUCCUUCAGAAAUUCGACGGUACAGCGUGAAUCCUAUCGAGAAAUUUGCCUGCACUUUGAAGACAGGCCGUAAUGAAGAGUUUGUUGGAACUUUUAGACCGAAACUAAAACACGACUCCGUGAUAUAACUGUACGUAUCAAACAUCUGAGCUUAAUCUGCUGAUGUUUAUUGGAUUUCCUAGGAUCACUAUCAUCUCAUUGAUAAAAGGUUGACCCUUGUAUGGCUUGGUAUUUCAAUGAUUUUGCGAAAACGGGGUAUAAGAGUCUGCAUUAUGGCAGCUCUAGUGGUAAUUAUCGUUUGUAUCGUAAGUAAAAUUUUCAAUAAAAAUACCCUGAAAGAUGAGAGCGUGGAUUUUAAGCUAAGCAAAAAGCGAUCGAUACAAAAAGAUCUCACAAGUUUCGCCAAAGAAAAUGACACAGAAAUAGCGGUCAACAAAGAUCUUCCAAAACGUCAUGAACGGCCGAAGAUGGAAUUAAGUGGAUCUGUAGAUUUCCUGCGAAGAAACGAAGACACUUACAAGCGAAGUUGCAAGAAACAUGAGGUUGUUGUCUUCAUAAAAACUCAUAAGACGGGAAGCAGCACAAUCACAAACAUCCUCAACCGUUUUGCCGACAUGAACGACGUAAAAGUUGCGCUACCAAUGGGCUACUUCCUCCGUUUUUACUGGCCUGCUCUAUUUCACUGGUCAGCGGUUGAUCUGUGGAGACUCGAUGGCGACACGCCCAGCAUCCUUAGCAACCAUGCUCGAUAUAAUCGUCCCACAAUGCAACUGAUCAUGAGAAAGGGCGCGAAAUACAUCACAAUCCUGCGAGAUCCAGUCGACCAAUACGAGUCUACAUUUAAUUAUAUGGGGUUUGAAAAAUUUUUAGAUUUGAAAGAUUCGAAGAAUCCGCUGGCAGAUUUCUUGAAAAAUCCAGUCCCAAAGUUGUACCAGCUGCGAGACAAACAUCACGGAAUUCCAGAGCCGAUGCAACUGGUGAAGAAUCCAAUGUUUUUUGACCUAGGCAUGUACCCUCCUGCUUACAACAACAUGACGCGAGUAAGGAACGAAAUUAAGAAACUGGAUCGCGAUUUUGAACUGGUUUUGAUCAUGGAGUACUUUGAUGAAAGCCUUCUGGUCCUAAAAAAGGCAUUUUGCUGGACGAUGAGCGAUAUUUUAUACGUGAAGUUCAACCAAAGGCGUCAUAAAUCUGCCUACCACCGUGACGAGCAAGUGAAGAAAAAUAUUCGCUACUGGAACAAGGCUGAUGUAAUACUUUACGAACACUUCAACAGAACUUUAUGGAAGAAAAUUGCUGACUAUGGACCGUCUUUUCGGAAAGACCUGGAUAAAUUUCGUCAAAUGAAUUCGAAAAUGCAGGCGUCCUGUGUGGAAAAACGCCAGUUUACUGAAAACGCGUUCAAUUCAAGCGGUGAUAUUUUGAGCUUUCGUUUAAAUCCCGAAGUGCGGUCAUAUGACCGGUAUUUUUGCAUGAAAAUGUUGCGUAAUGAAGUAGAUUAUAUCGACUAUUUUCGCAACAAGUACAAGCCGCGAGGCUCUUAUCAGACGUUACUGGAGAAAGAGGGCAAGAAGCGACCUUCAACGAGGGAGCUUAUUGAAAGGCUACAAAUUGCAGCGAAUAUCAAGUUUGCUGAGCCACCCCGUGCUGUUACGUCAUAACAGCAAAGACUAUAGGUGCUAUACUAGUAAACAGUAUGUCACU